AUGGUGAUUGGUUGCCAAUUUUCGGUGACUGGCUUUGCCAUAGUUGGCAAUGAGGUUAUGUCCAUUUCCAUUCCCUUGGUUUGUUGGCUGGGCACGUUGUGGGUUAUGAUGACUUUUGACCAUUUGGAUUUGCCAAUGGUGGAGAAAAUCAACGAUUUAGAUGCUCAUGGUGAUGUAGCACGGGAGUUGAGGUUUAUGAAGCCUACGAAUGCUGCAUCUUUGGUAAUGGGAAACGUGGAAGGAAAGGUUUCUCAUGGAAAAGAAGUUUCUCAUGGCAACCAUUUUGUGCCAGUAUUGUUGAUGUCAGACAAGUUUGACAGUGAAGGCCAUCUUGGCUCCUUUUCCUUCUUUGAUUCUUUUACUAUGCCUUCUGUUGUAUCUGGUGGGCUGUUGGGCUCAACGUAUUAUCGUAUGUUUGAGGCUACACAAGAUGGUUUGGGUAGAAAUGCUCCUGUUCACAGCAUACAUGGUUCUUUACUUGCAGUUGGGGAGCUUCUGAGGAAUACAGGCGAGUUCAUGAUGUCAAGGUACAGAGAGGUUGCUGAAAUUGUUCUCAGAUACCUAGAGCAUCGGGAUCAGCUUGUUCGCCUCAGCAUAACUUCUCUGCUUCCUCGCAUUGCUCAUUUCUUGCGUGAUCGUUUUGUGACAAACUAUCUGAAGAUUUGCAUGGAUCAUAUCCUUACUGUUCUUAAAAUUCCAGCAGAACGUGCCAGUGGGUUCAUUGCUCUUGGGGAGAUGGCUGGUGCUUUGGAUGGUGAACUUGUACAUUAUUUGCCGACACUAACUACUCAUUUACGUGAUGCAAUUGCUCCUCGUAGAGGUAGGCCAUCACUUGAGGCUUUGGCUUGUGUUGGAAGCAUCACAAAAGCCAUGGGGCCAGCGAUGGAACCUCAUGUUUGUGGUCUUUUGGAUGCAAUGUUUUCUGCUGGUCUUUCCUUUACACUAGUAGAAGCCCUCGAGCAAAUAACCAUCAGUAUUCCUUCUUUGCUGUCAACUAUUCAAGAGCGAUUACUUGAAUGCAUUUCAGUAGUUCUUUCAAGAACACAUUAUGCCCAGGCAAAGCCUCCUGUUUCCACAAGUCGAGGAAAUAUGACACAUGUCACCCAGCAAGUGUCAGAAAUCAGUGGAUCUGCUUUAUUGCAACUUGCUUUGCAAACUCUUGCGCGUUUUAAUUUCAAGGGUCAUGAUCUCCUUGAGUUUGCAAAGGAAUCUGUUCUUGGAUAUUUGGAAGAUGAGGAUGGGGUCACACGGAAAGAUGCUGCACUUUGUUGCUGCAAAUUAGUUGCAAAUUCUCUCUCUGGCAUGUCGUGUAUGCAGUUUAGUUCUAGUAGGUCCGGUCGAGCUGGGGGAAAGCGACGCCAUCUGGUUGAAGAGUUAAUGAUUGGGGUAGAUGUUGAUCUGAAGAGUGAACAGGUGCUUUAG